CGGCGCUCUUCGGCUGGGCUGCGUGAAUAGAUGAGCUCCGGGGAUCGUCUAGUCAGGCCUGAGAGGAGGAAGGAGGCGCCGAAGCUGAAACUACGGAAGCUCUGCGGCCUUCGGCGGGCGCGCCGGUUUCGGAGCUUGUUAAAAUGGGUCGCCGCUCAUCAGACACCGAAGAAGAGAGUAGAAGCAAAAGAAAAAAGAAACACCGUAGGAGGUCAUCUUCAAGCAGUUCUUCUGAUAGCAGAACUUACAGCCGUAAAAAAUCAGGAAGGAAGUCAAGGUCACGGUCUCGAGAUCUCCAGUUUCGUUCACAUUCAUAUGAAAAGAGGCACAGGCAUCGAUCUAGCAGCAGCUCUUCAUAUGGAUCCAAGAGAAAACGGAGCCGGAGCCGUUCAAGAGACCGAGGAAAAUUAUAUCGGUCUCAGAGAUCAAGAUCAAAGAGCAGAACUAGAAGGUCCCACUCCAGACCUCAACAACGUUCUUAUAGCCGAAGCAGUGAAAGGACCAGUCACAGAAGAACACGCAGUAGGUCUCGUGAUAAAGAAAGACGUAAAGGCAGAGAUAAAGAGAAGACAAGAGAGAAGGAGCGGGCUAGAGGAAAAGAAAAGGAUCAGCAUUAUACCCAAAGUGGGGAUGCUGGAAACAUCAAAGCUGGAUUAGAACAUCUGUCCGCUGCUGAACAGGCGAAAGCUAGAUUACAGUUGGUUCUUGAAGCUGCUGCUAAAGCUGAUGAAGCAUUAAAAGCUAAAGAAAGAAGCGAAGAAGAAGCAAAGAAGAAAAAGGAAGAAGGCGGUCAGGACAGGUACAGCAGCGGCAGUGCAAGUUACCUCCACACCACCCCAUCAAUGUGCCUCAACUCUGACCUGGAGGGACCACCUCAAGAGGCCUAUACCAUUCAAGGACAGUAUGCCAUGCCACAGCCAGAUCUGAGCAAGCUGCACCAGUUGGCAAUGCAACAGUCACACUUACCAAUGUCUCAUGGCAACACUGGAUUCCAUGGUUUGGAUGCAUCAGCUCAAACUAUUUCUCAUGAACUCACCAUUCCAAAUGAUCUGAUUGGAUGCAUCAUUGGGCGUCAAGGCGCCAAGAUCAAUGAGAUUCGCCAGAUGUCUGGGGCGCAGAUCAAAAUUGCCAAUCCAGUGGAAGGAUCUACUGACAGGCAGGUUACCAUAACUGGAUCUGCAGCCAGCAUUAGCCUGGCUCAAUAUCUAAUUAAUAUCAGGCUUUCUUUGGAGACUGGUGGAAUGGGAACCAUCUAGGACAAUGCAGUCGCCUCACUCAUUACCCGUUUCUGCUGUUCAUCCCCAUGAUCCAUCUGUGUAGUUUCUGAGCAGUCAGCGAUUCCAGGUUUUGACUAGUUUGUAAAUUUUCAGUUCUACAUGCUUUACCCAUCCACUCGUUUUUUUUAAUUGCAGAAUUUUAAUUCCCUUUCUCUAUUCAGAUGUAUAAAGCUGAUUCAUAUUUUAGUUUAUAAGCUUCUUCCCCUUUCUUGGCUCAUGAAGUUUUUCUGUUAUGUCAUGAGAUGUAAGAGUGGAAUUAAUACAUUUAAGUUUAGUUCUGUAAUGUCAGAAUUUUUUUAAAAAAAUAAAAAGAUGGACUGGGGGGGGGGAGAAAACCAGAGGGGAGGGAGAAUGGCGUAUCCCAGAGGAGGGCAUGGCUGGAUGGGACCUUGGACAGGAGCUUUCCACACAGAUACAUUUCACUACUAGUCCUGUUUGUUUAGUUACUAAAAAAAUGUAGAUCUUUUUUCCCAUUUUAGAAUACAGAGGGCAGAUUCCAUGUCUGUGUUCUCUGAUAAAUCAAAGUAGCAUGUUGGGAUGAAGGCACACUUCUUCCUGAUAUACUAGCUUUCCUGAUUGCAGCACAUCUUACUUUUUGGGUGCAUUGACCAGGCAUUGUGUUCACUGAGGUAUCCUUCCUAUAUAAAAUUUUACAUAGUCUUCUCCUGCAUAGACAACUCCACGAGAGGUCCGGAGGGUGGAAACAUGAAUGCUCUCCCCCAGGAGGCUCGCCUGGCACCCUCAUUACAGUGGUACCUUGGUUUACGAACUUAAUCCGUUCCGGAAGUCGGUUCUUAAACCAAAGUGUUAUUAAACCAAGGUGUACUUUCCCAUAGAAAGUAAGAGAAAACUGAUUAAUCUGUUCCCAAUGAUGAAAAACAACCCCCAAAACAGCAAUUUAACAGGAAUUUUACUAUAAUGAGGCCAUUGAUCCAGAAAAAUGAAAGCAAUAAACACUGUACUGUACUGUACAAUCAAUAAAACAGUAUUGAUGAUUUAAAAAAAUGAAAAUGUGAUUUUUUUCUUUCCUUACCUGCACUAAUGAUAGUCAUUGUUUGGAUGGGGGGUCGGGGUCCUCUUCCAGAUUCACAAUUGGUGACUCCUCUCCUGCCAUUCCUUCCCUUGCUUUUUUUACACCACUGCCACCUACACCACUGCCACCUGGUUCAGACUCACUGGAUCUUUUCCUUACCAAAAAUUGAGACUUGCUUUUGCCGAUGUUUUAAAACUUGUCUAAAGAGAGACAUUACGUUAUCAUUGAAGGUGUUAGUGGCAUGACUUACAGCAGCUUUAUCAGGGUCGUAUUUUUCAGCAAUGGUUUGCACUUCAGCCCAUUUUGCAAACAUUUCUUUGAUUGUUGCUGUAGAUAGACUUUCUCUGCUCUCCUCUUCCUCUGAAGAUAUUUCCUCAUUUGCCACCUUUUGCUGCUCUGUCAGAAUGUUUUGAAGUUCUUCUGUGGUGAGCGCAGUCCUGUGCUCCUCCACAUCAGCACCACUCACUUCCAAGCCCAUGGAAUUUCCCAGAGACACAAUAUCCUCAACAAGAGGAGCAUCCUCUUCAGCAGCCUCCAUUACAUGUUCUGCGACAGCUUCUGGCCACAAUUUCUUCCAUGCUGCCUUCAGUGUUCUCUCCAUGCUUCGUCUAUCAUAUGUAAGCAGUGGAGGAUAUUAAAAUGAUUCUUCCAGAACUCUCUUAGGGUUAGCUCUGUGUCCGAGGUCACCUCAAAGCACCUUUGGAACAGUGCUUUGGUGUAAAGCUUCUUAAAAUUAGAUAUAAAAUUAGAUAUGGGCUGGAUGAGAGGAAUUGUGUUGGGGGGCAAAAACUUUACACUGAUGAACGCAGACUCCUCCAACAACUCGUCCUCCAAGCCUGGAGGGUGACCUGGAGCAUUAUCCAUAAGAAGCAGGCUUUUCAUUGGAAGAUUUUUGUCCUGGAGGUGUUUUUUCACAGUUGGCCCAAACAAUUCACGAACCAACUCAACCAACUUGUCUUGUUACCCAAGCUUUGCUGUUCGCCUUCCACAUCACAUGCAAUUUGCUUUUUAUGACAUUGUUCUUAAAUAUCCUGGGGUUCUCAGAAUGGUAGACUUAGCAAAGGCUUCAGCUUAAAAUGUCCACUUGCAUUUGCACAAACUAAAAGGGUUAGCCUGUCUUUCAUGGGCUUGUGUCCUGGCAAUGCUUUCUCUUCUUUUGUUAUGUAGGUCCUCUUUGGCAUUUUCUUCCAAAAGAGGCCUGUUUCCUCACAGUUGAAAACUUUUUGGGGAACGAAACCCUGCGACGCAACAUAAUCUUUAAAUUCCAAAACAAAUCAGUCAGCAUCUAAUUUGUUGGCACUGGGAGCUUCACCAUUGUCUCACAACACUGUGGAUACCACUUCUCUUCUUAAUUUUUUCAAACCACUCUCUGCUUACCUUGAAACUCUCAACCUCAGCACUUGCUCCAGGGGUGUUUGCGAUGAGGUCGGCAUGCAAAUGUAAAGCUUUUUCACAAAUUAUGUUUUCAGAAAUGCUGUCACCGGCCACCUAUUUUUCAUUUAUCCAUAUUAAAAGCAAUUUUUUCCAUUUCUUCCAUUGUCUGUGUUUGUUGCUUGAGUGUUUUAACACCCUUUGCAACACUGGCCCCCUUAAUGCCAUCCUUGUUUUUUAAGAUGGUACAAAUUGUAGAUUUGGCCAUACUAAACUGCGUUGCCAGAUCAGCAAACAUUUUCAGCAGGGAGCUGGUCCCCUUUCCCUCAGACCUUGGGGGGAGGGGGCGGACUAUUUUUUUGGGGGGGGGUGAACGAAUUCCUAUGCACACUGGGAAGAAUGGGGUGGGGGAAGGGCAGGCAUAAUAAAAUAAAAUAAAAUAGUGUGCAUUAAAUCGAAGUGGGCAAGGCUCCACACCAGACUAGCUCACCCACCACCACACUGCUCAUCCUCCCGCCACCCCCCAAAACACACACACACACACACAUAGGGAGAGACCCACAAUCACCCCACAGAGAAAAGGGUGGCAAGUUAAAUAUGCAGAGAACGGCCAAGGCGAAGGAGGAAUGGCGGCUCCGGAGAAGCGGCACCGGGAGGGAGCUGGAAGAAGAGGCGAGAGGGGCAAGUAGUCCUCCUCCCUACCCACCCCCAGCCUCCUUCUCGGUUUUCCGCCUGCCUCAUACGCCAAAGGGCUGGCGGCAGUGGCACGAAACGCACUUGCUCCCCGCCUAGGAAAAGAGCUGCCACCACCACCACCACUGCUGCUUCUCGUAAAGUGGGUAGGCAGAGUGAGCUCGUCCGCUCUGCUCUCUGACCCACAGGAGCACAAGGGCAGUGGCAGCAGCAGCGGCGGAAAGAUUAUUAUUAUUACUAUUAUUUCCCCAAUGGCCUGACUUGGAGGGAGAACAAGAGGAGAAAGCCUGGUGGGAAAACAGAGAGAAAGAGAAGGAAGAGGAUUUUGUCCUUCCACCAUCUAACUCCGCACGCACGCUCAGCUUCCGGGGGCACAAAACAAUACGAAUACUAAUAAUAUUAAUGAUAUCAGGGUAAGUAAGCAAGCAAAGGCGGCCUGGCCCUCUACCCGAAACAGGGGGGGGGCAUGUGAAGGAGGCGAGCAGUGCGGCCCAGACCUGCACCUUUUCUUGUAGCUGGAGCCACUCGUCGUUAUGCAGGGUUGCAUGGCGGCUGCAGUGCCACCGCCGGAAGCCAGCUUGACUGCCCGGACAGAGCUUCCACAGGCAACAGGAGGAAGAGGCUGAGCGGCGGUGGCUCUGGCAAUCAAACACCGCGCCUGGUUUACCUCAGCGCGGUACGGGGACGUCUCUCCCAAUCAUACGUCGCUGAGGUAAAUCAGGCGCAGCGUUUGAUUGCCAGAGCCGCUCGGCCUCUUCCACCUGUCGCCAUUGCCGGGAGUUUCGGCUUCAUGGCGGGUUCUAAAAUGUCCGGGCGGGCUGGAUCUAGGACCCAGGCGGGCCUGGGGGCUGUAGUUUGCCAACCCCUGACUUAAACAGACCCCACUUUCAUGCUUGGAAAUAAUUUGCUUCUUUGCCUCUUAGAGUUAUCAUGGUUCUCUGGCCUUUGCUGCCUUUAUCCAUGUCAGCAAUCCCACAGUCAAUCAAUAAGUAGGUGAACUGGGUUCCACACAGUCCCCAAAACAAUGGCACAAGGCGGAGUCCCCCAAAAAUCCCCAAAAAGAAGGAGGAAAGCAGAGACAAAGGCACAAGGCAGACUCCCAAAAACAAAGGAACAUGGCAGAAUCCCAAAAUUUUCCACUCACCCCCUCCCACAGGGUGGGUGGGCUUACCUGGCCAGGUGCCAUUCACCUUGCUACCAGCUGGGGGUGGGGCGAGGGCCAGUAAAGGGCUGAUGCUUUUCGGCCCAGGCUCACUUUGUUUUCUUACCAGGUUCACCGCUGGACUUCGCUCUUGGUCUUGGUUAGGUAAGUGUUCCUCGUCGGGGUUUGGAGCUGCGGUGCGGCCAGCUGGGCCUCCUAUGUCCGGCCCUUCUUCCGCGGCUUUGGGGGCGGGAUGAGGGCUGCGGUGCAGCCUGGUAGGCCUUCUGCGGUUGAUGCCUUCUUCCCCCGGCUUCUUCCCCAGGCUGAAUCUGGGCUGCAUGGGUUGCGCAGUCUAGCUAUACCGAGGCCUCCCAUGGCCAGAGCCCGGCAGCGGAGGCCGAAUUGAGGCCACGCAGGCGGUGGGGCCUAGUUCCGGGCCGCGGUCAGAGCCCACACAUUCGCAUUCAAAAAAAAAAAGAAAUACGCAAACCGGAACACUCAUUUCCGGGGGUGAAGUGUUCGUGAUCCAAAUAGUUCGUUAACUAGGCUGUUCGUAAGCCAAGGUACCACUGUACAUAUCUUUUGUUUCUUGGUUCAUCUAGCUCUUGCUUGCUAGAUGAAUGUAGAAACUGCAUUAAUUUUAAGUUUGCUUGGUAUAGAUAUUAUCAAGAGCAAUGUGUGUAAGAAAGGGAGAGUAGCUUGUGUUAUAGACUAUUUACCAAUAUUCAUGCAGUAACUUCCGCUAAAUGUGAUCUCAUAGCUCUGACUUUUUUUUCUCGUUCCUUCCUUCAGUCCAUAAGUUAAAGGAUUUUACCCACUCUUCACUAACAUUAAAUAAUCUUUAACUUUCACUUGAAGUACCUUUCUGUUACUUCAAAAGACGUUCUCUUUUGGAUAAUCUACAGACUUCAUAUAGGUAUACAGUGCAUCAUUUCUGUCCUAGUAAUUUUGUGCUGAAUAACUGAUCACAUACUGAUACUUACAGAACUCAGGACAAGGACACUCAGCAUAUUACAUUAAGGACAACAGUUAGAAAUUUCCUUUUAUUUAACACAUCUGAAUCACCAUUCCCUGCAAAUUGCUGAAUGAUGCACAUUCAAGGUCAGUUCGCAUUAUGCUCUGCAGCACGUGGAUUGAGUGAAUGCUUCUUUAACUUGCCUUGCAUGUUUUAUUAAGCUGUGUAUGAUGACGAGUCAAGAUGAAGCAUCUACAGAUCUCAUGGGCAAAGGGACUGAGCCACAUGAUGUCCUGAUCCAUAGUGAUGUCCACCACCAAAGGAAGGUGAUAACCAAAACAAGGUGGAAAUGAGUAGGCCAGGAAGCAAAAGGGGAGGUAACAGAUGAAUAGGGUAGGCAAAGCAAGGAUAAUGACCAAGGUUAGCUAAGGCAGGAGAUACACAGUGGUUUCUUAGAGCAACUGGAAGAGAUGACAGCCUGUCUGCUUUAUGCUGCGCUUGGACUGUUAAAGGGCUAGUGUGUUCUUCUAGACAGUGGAGUUUGAAGCUGUGAGGACUCCCUAGAGCAGAGGUCAGCAAACCUUUUCAGCAGGGGGCCAAUCCACUGUCCCUCAGACCUUGGGGGGGGGCAGACUAUAUUUUGAAGAAGAAAAAAGAACGGAAAAGAUGCAUUUUAAAUAAAAGCACACAUCCUACUCAUGUAAAAACACCAGGCAGGCCCCACAAAUAACCCAGAGAUGCAUUUUAAAUAAAAGGACACAUUCUACUCAUGUAAAAACACGCUGAUUCCUGGACCGCCCGUGGGCUGGAUUUAGAAGGCAAUUGGGCCAGAUACGGCCCCCGGGCCUAAGUUUGCCUACCCAUGCCUUAGAGGAAGGCUCAGGGAUCUCCUGCUCCCCCAAGGAGUCUGUGGUCUGGUCAUCAAGAGUCCAGACAUAGGCUUCCCUUGUUUAGAUUUAAAUUUAGCAAGGUAUGGGAAUCAUUUUACUUUACUCUUCUGAUUGUUACUGCUCAUAUUAUUCCCUAGUUCAAUUGGCAUUGAAAACUAGGCAUAACUUGCUACAGGAGGAUUCAGUUGCAUGAGGUCAUACCACGUGGCACACAUAGCUGUAAUAACUUAGAGUGCAGUACUCAACGAUAAGAAAAUAUAUUUAGAUGCCCUUAAGUUCAUUAGAGAUUGCCAAAGGUCGCACUUUAUGUUCUGCUAAUUUUAUUGAAGUUUAUUGUUAUGGCAGUGACCUGAACUCUGGCUGUGUGGCCUUUAACACAUAGUGUAUAUAUAUUCUGCAAGAAAUUCAAUUUUAAUUUUAGAUAACAUAUGGUUAAGUUACUGCUUCAUUAAUCGAAAUCGGUUGAUCAAUUGUAAGCUCAAGCAACAAAAGUAUCUAACUUGAAUGAAAGCAGGCUCAAACGCUCCAUAUGAUGUUGUGUAAAUUAAACACAUAUAUGGCUCCACUAUACAAAAAGCAGUAUUUCAAACUGUUCAAUUUAUGCCUAACAAAUGGCAUAUUUUAAGCAAUAUCUGAGAGCCUCCAACUGCACCCUUCAUGUCCCUGGAGAGUAUAGAUGUUGCUUCAUUAGGCCGACAUAACCACCUGGUGUUGAAUUUCCAGUGUCUUGAGAAUUUGUAACAUCUGGUACAUACUGUGAUCUCCUUUUAUGUAUGUUUCAUCUUUUAUUGUAAUUUUAUGACAAAUGGAUUAAUUAAUAUGGUGUACAUUAUUUGAGAUAUUCAGCUUAAUAUAAAGCAACAUUUAGAACACAGAUGCACCCAAAAAAAUGAAAUACCUUAAGAAAUGCUGCUAAUAUUGGUCAAGUCUUAUUGUUAUUCUGUGGCAACUGUUGUUUGUGGUUAACUAUGGAUUAUGGCUGCCAAAAAUUGCAUGACGGUAUGUAAACAAAAAUCUUCACCUGUUUUCAGUUUUUAAAUUUUAAGAUUUCUUCUUAAACAUAAAAUAAACUGAUUCCUUCCUGCAAGCUCUUCGUCUUCACCUUGACCUGCUGCUAAUUAGACUGAAUAUUCUUGUGUACUUUAAAUUUUGCCUUUCAUCUAGUAGUUAGAAGAAUGAUUGGCCAUUUCAUAGUUUCCUUCCCCUCCCUGCCCACCCUUUCAGAACUUCAUUUUACCUAGCCUUCUCAGUUAUGCAGUAUUGCCAAGCUGAAGAUGUUUUGAUAGAGUCAGAUGGUUUUUCUUUAGUGUGUUUUGGACGUUAGGUUCAGUUAGCAGGAGCUCAUCAAGAAUGGAAAGAAAUCUCUUGUAGGCCCUUCUUUGUAUAGUAGUAUGGGCUGGGAACUGAUUGGGGGAGGGAGAGAAGUUGGCAAGUUGAUUGUUGAGGAGUAUCUGGAAUUGUCCUUGUUCCCAAAAUAACCACCACAUCUGUGAAAUUUCACAGGAUGUUUCCUAACUCUCUUGCAAUCACUGAUACAGAUCAGUAUCUCCAGCUCAACCCAUAAAGUAUGCAAAUCACUAAUCUGAGGUCUAAUAUUUCUGUUGUAAGUUGUUCGUGGGGUGCUUGAAUUUUUAACUUUUUUAUUUGCCAUGAAUAUGCUAUAUGACCCUGGAUGUAAGUUACUUAUCUGUCUCAGUUCUCCAGCUGUAAAAUUGGGAGAGGAGAUGGAAUCAAUAAAGGACUGAUUUAUUUAAGAA